CUGAAGAUUACACUCUGCUGAGUUAAACACUUUGAUGAUUGACUGAACAGAACUACAGUCUGAAUUUAACUAACUGGCUUCAUAACUCAUAACUUUUAUGCUGAUUGAAUUGUCCAUUCUUGACUAUGUUUCUGUUGAACGAGAGAUUUUAAUAUCGCAGUUUGGAUUAACCUAAUAAAGGUUCAAUUUCACAGCCUACUACUGUUCAAUAAAUAAAAUGUGCAGCUAAAACUGACCAAACAAUUGAUGUUCUCUUAUAAGCUUCAUAAUCUAUCCGUUCCCAUUUAUCUCAAAUGCAGUUAAUAUAAUGUAUUACUUAACACAAAGUGAUUCUAACUUUAUCAUAUUCACAUAAGUCCAUAAAUAUUUUGUAACAAUUAUUAUUAUUAUACUAUUUAUGGUGCCUGUAUAAAAGUUUAAUGAUUUAAUGCAAUUCACCAAAAAAAAAAAAUCAUACUAUGAAAAAUAGUAUAGUAACCAUUGCAAAUAGUAUAUAGAUCAAAGCAGUAUUAUAAUAAAAAUACUUAAUACAUUUACAAAAAUAAAAUACAUUUGCGAACAUAAAUAGGCCUACAUACCUAACUAUAUUAUAAUCUAAUUGAUGUUCCUUCUCAGUCAAUGCAGUAUUGAAAAUUUGAAUUUAAAACCAGUGAAAACUACAGAAUUGUAUCCUCAUAUUUCCUCAGACCCAACAGUGAGUAGCCCAGUGAGUAGUCUAUGGGUCAGGAAAGGAAAACUCACUCCAUAUUGCUGUGUAUUCUUAUUAGUGUAAGUCAACCUGUAUUCUGCUGGCAAACCAUUAAAAUAUCUGGAGAAGGCAUCCGGAUGAUUCAUGUAGUAAAAAUUGUAGGCACUCACAUCUGACUACUUCUGCAAAACGGUCACAUUCUGACAACAGGUAGGUUCCACCCACAAAACACAUCAUCAGUAGUUUUUCUAAAUACCAGAAUGGUCUAUUCACUUUAUGCUUAUAUAUGUGCUUAUACAUGCUUAUACAUGUCUAUUCACUUUAUGCUUAUACAUGUUGUAUUUGUCUAUGUAUAUUGUUUAAAACUGUGAUUUUCUUUUCUUUCAGUUUUCAUAGUUUCUACUCGCGACUACUUGCAGGAUCAUGUGAAACCAGUGAAUAAUGUGACACCAGCAGAAGGGAGUAACUCUAGAUCUGGUGGUGGUCAUGCAAACAUAAGUGUAGCACCCAAACCCCUCAGACUUCAAUGAUUCAUCUCACAGCAACAUGGACACAGACACAGGAACAAGCAAAGGCCUAAGUGACACUAAUGCACAGCUUUUUGGGAGCUUUAUCCAGACUGAAACUGAAGCACACAGACAAAAGCUUGCAGCAGAGCAACUUAUUAAAAGGCUUCACCUUGAAAGCAAACACCGACUCCUGAGAGCUGUUGAUUUCCUUCAGUCAGAUGUACAGUCCCAGUUCCCAGAGUCAUGUGCAGAGGAUGAGCUGCCACUGAUUUUUCUACAAAAAUUGCUGAUGAUGGACUACAGAGCAAGAGACCUCCAGGUUAAAGAGAGCAAUGAACAACAUCACGCACACCAAACAGACAGUGACUCAUUUAAGGAUGUUGGUGAUGCCUAUGAUGAUCUUUUUAAAGAAACUGCAAAACCUGCUGAUGAAUCAAACAAAUCAGAUCCUGUCCACUUGAUGGAUGUUCAGAUGGCUGUGUUUCAUUGUGCUGAUAGUUUCCUAAAGCAGCUCAUUGUGACUAAACUCUCACAGUGUCAGUAUGCUCUGCCUCUUCUUGUACCAGAUCCAUUCACACAACAGAUUGAGUUCCCGCUCUGGACAUUUCGACAAAUCAAAAAGAGCUGGAAGACAAUUGAUGAUACAGGUAAAAUUUCUGGCAAAAUCCAGCCGGUCUACAAAGCAGAAACCCCAAUGGUGGCUUUCUUCCGGUUUGGUCCUGCAUCCUCAUCCAAGUCUCAACUAAUGAACAGCCUGAUCAAUGAGAAACACAACACAUUCUUCCACAGGAACUGCCCAGGCAGCAGCAGAACCAGAGUCCUGAUGGACGGAGUGGUGGAGAUCGCUUGGUACUGUCCAUCUGGAGAGAAAACAGACAGAUUUAAUCAUUGUGUUGCGUUCUGUAACCUCCGUGGUGAUGCAGGAGCCCAUGAAAAACAGCUGGGUAUCCUGACUGAAAUGGCCUCUUUAAAUGUUGCUAUUUUACCACAGCUUGACAAGAAAGACAAAAGCAUGACCAAGAUCCAAACCUUCUACAAGGACUCAAAGCCACUCAUCUGCCUUCUUACUGACAGUGAUUCAGCUCUGACACAAAUGCGGAAAGGGAAAUACAAAAUUGGUUUGAAAGGCAGAAAUCAGUCAGUUGUAUCUGAAGUCAGAAGAGCUAUAAAUAAUGUGCUUUUAUCAACUGAAUCAUGUUCCUUUUUCAAGCCUGAAGACGUGGCUAAACACUCAUAUAUCAGAGUAGAUGAGGUCAGUGAUGAUGUUUGCAGGAAAGGAAAAGAAGCAGCGCUACAGAUGAUAGAUUUACUGAAGGAUACAGAUCUGACUGAAAUCAAAGAAUCAUUCCUGCAAUUUCAGGGAAAACUAUGGCAUCAGUGGUGCCAGAAGAAUAAAGAACUUCAUCGACCUACAUUAGGAGAACUACAUAAGGGAAGCAACAUUGAAAAGAACAAAAGUUCUAAAAAAUCAGAAAUGCAGAAAAUCCGUGAACUGCAGCAAAAAUCUGUCUUAAGUCAGUUUAUCCACAUCUUCAUCCAAAAACUGAAUUCACAACUAGGAAAAGAGACGAUAUAUUUUCUUAAAUGGCUUGGUAUCCUACUGGAUGAUUAUACCACUGAGAGUGUCUCAAUCCUUCAUCAUGAGUAUCAUGAAAAAUGGUCAACAGUCCUAAAUCUUAAAAAGAAACAUGAUAAAUCACAGCAAAUGGCAACUGCACAAGUCGAACUUGAGAGACUAUCUAAGAAACUACAAGCUGCAACCUUUGGCUUGGAGCACAUACUGAGAGAGAUUGGUCAGGUAUAUGAAUCAUGUUCAUCUGUAAAGAAAAACAAAAAAGACCUGAAGUUUAACUUCUCCUCUCUUCCAAGUCUUGCAGCAGAGAUGAUGAUCUCUGGAUUUCCACUGGAGCUGAUGGAUGGCGAUGCAGCCCAUGUUCCUCUGAUCUGGGUUACUGCGGUUCUUGAUGCACUCAUCCAGAAACUGGGAGACCAGAGAGUCUAUGUGUUGUCAGUUUUAGGGAUUCAGAGCUCUGGGAAAUCCACCAUGCUGAACGCCAUGUUUGGACUGCAGUUUGCCGUCAGUGCUGGCAGAUGCACCAGAGGAGCUUUCAUGCAGCUGGUCAGAGUCUCGGAGGAGAUGAAACAACUGCUGAAGUUUGACUACAUUCUGGUCGUUGAUUCUGAAGGACUUCGUGGCCUAGAACUGGCCGGAAGGUCAACAAGAAAUCACGAUAAUGAAAUGGCCACAUUUGUUGUUGGUCUUGGAAAUAUGACAUUGAUCAACAUCUUUGGAGAAAACACAGCUGAGAUGCAGGACAUUCUUCAGAUUGUUGUUCAGGCCUUCAUGAGGAUGAAGAAGAUCAGACUGAAUCCAAGCUGCGUCUUUGUGCAUCAGAACGUUUCUGAUGUUACAGCCGGAGAGAAAAACAUGGAGGGAAGGAGACGACUGCAGGAGAAACUGGAUGAGAUGACGAAACUUGCUGCAAAAGAGGAAGAUUGUGAUACAGAGUUUUUCAGUGACGUCAUUGCAUUUGAUGUUCAGAAUGAUGUGAAGUAUUUUGCACAGCUCUGGGAAGGCAGCCCACCAAUGGCACCACCGAACCCUGACUACAGCAGAAAUAUUCAGGAGUUAAAGAACAGCAUUCUAUCAAAAGCUUCCAAAUCUAAUGGCAUUACACUGUCUCAGUUCAGAAUGCGUGUUAAUGAUCUGUGGAAUGCACUGCUGAAUGAAAACUUUGUGUUCAGCUUCAAAAACACACUUGAGAUCGCAGUAUACAGAAAACUGGAAACUAAAUACAGUGACUGGACGUGGAACCUCAGGAGCGCCAUGAUGACCAUUGAAGACAAAUUCUACAACAGAAUUGCAAAUGGAAACAUUAAGGUUCAGGAAAAUGACUUGUUGACUGAAAUGAGAAAGACAAAAGAGCAGGUAGAAAAAUCUAUGGUGACAUACUUUGAGGACAGAGAUAAAGACAUUCUGUGUCAGUGGCGAGGAAGAUUUGAAACCAGAAUCAAAGAUCUUCAUGAUGACCUUGUGAUGGGAACAAAACGAAAGUUGGAUGAAGCAAUUGAACAGAAAAAAGCCAGGGAGCAGCUGGAACAAAGAAGAACAGAGUAUGAAAAUAAACUUUUUUUUCAGAGCAAGGAACUAGCUUUGAGCCUGAGAAAUAAAGAAACAGAGGGACUUAUGCUGAAGGAGGAGUUUGACACGAUGUGGAGUAAAUGGGUCACUGAAAUGACGGAAGAUACUCCUCCACUGGAAGACUUGAACUUUUGGGAGGAUGUGAUGCAGAUCCUAUCGGAAAACCAUGAACUGACCUUUGUACAUGAGCGAUUAAAUCAGAAAGAUUAUGAACUGAUAGACCGCCGGAGUGAUUAUUGUGACUAUAUUAUGCUAAAGAAGGAUCCAGAAUAUUCGGAUGACACUGCAUCUUCAGAGGAAGAUACAGAGAGCUCAAAGAAGGGCCUAAAUGCUGAAUGUCAAUCUUUAAUAAGAAAUCUGAUUCAUAAAAUUAUUCAGGAAACUGAGAAAAUAACAAAGAAUUCACCAGUUGGAAGACGGGGCUAUAAAGAUAGUUACAUUCAGGAGAUAACAGAUUGUGUUAAAAAGUCUGUACAGCAACAUCAAUCAGAGAGCCAAAAUUACAUCUUGAAAAAGGAGUUUACCAUAGAUCUCAGUCUUCAUGUGUGUGACACUGCAAGACAGGAGUUUACUGAGCUCCACAAAGAAUUCAGAGAAGCAUAUGACCCAAGACUUUAUCUUGAGAAGCAAAAAACUCAGUAUUGCAAUGUAUUUAUGAACUUCUACAGAGGUACACCAGCAAUCAUACAGAGUGAAUUCAUCUGCAGCAAUCUUGAACCGUCCAUCCUACAAGCAGUUUACAAUGAAACUGCUAUUGGUUUGGCAGCACAGAUGAGGUCUGACAUAGCAGCGUUUUGUGAGAACAGACCAAAUCUGGAGAAACACAUUCUGAAAUUCCUUGCAGAAAAGGAGGACUUCAAGCAUUAUAUAAAAUAUAUUCAUAAUCCCAGAUCAUACUUUAAACUAUUCAUUAAAAAUGAAGUGAAAAGAUACUUCACCAAUCAAAACCAAAGAAUUCUAAAUGUUUUCAAAGGAAAUCUAAAACAAAAGGAACAGACUGUAAAUAAUGCAAUGAAAGCAGCUACAGUGGAGGCCAAGAGUAAGAGUGGAGACGGCGACAUGUGGUUCAGAUGCUUCGUCACAACACUAACAGAUGAGCUGAAACUCACAGGGAACUCAUGUGUGGAUCUCAGUGAAAUUAAAGACUUGGAUUUUCUUGAGAAGCUUUUAAGUGACAGUCUGAAGCAGAAGAUGAAAAAUCUACAGAACAGUUUUAAAAGCAUCAAUGACAUAAAAAUGGAAAAUUGUAGAAAGGGACCAGAUGAGAUUUUGAUUGAGCACUUCUGUCAGUGCUGCUGGGUUCAGUGUCCUUUCUGUAAAGCCAUCUGCACCAACACAAUGGAAGACCAUCCUGGAGAUCACAGCGUUCCUUUCCACCGUAAUAUUGGACUGAAUGGGUGGUCUUACAGAGAAACAACAAAUUUGGCUGUUGAAAUCUGCACAACAGCAGUAUCGAGUGAUCGAUAUUUCUCUCCGAAUUCUACGGAUGAUGCAGUCCCCUGGAAAGAAUACAGAAAAGGAGGUUUUAAUUAUGCUAACUGGAGCAUCACCCCUGACUUCAGUGAUCUGCUCUACUGGAAGUGGUUUGUGUGCAGAUUUCAGGAAGAUCUGGAAAGGUACUACAAUAAAGCAUUCCAGGGAGAUGGUGAGAUUCCAGAUGAAUGGAAACAAUACACAAAAAAGGAAGCUCUGGAGAGUUUGGAUAAAUACAUGUAAUGGAAAAGUAAUCACAUGACACCCAUUCAGGUCCCUGAUUACAGAUGAUAUUUUGACAUUCUGUUUCACACAAUACCAGGGGUAUCUAAACUCGCUCCUGGAUUGCCACCAUCCUGCAAAGUUUAGCUUCAUGUUGCCUCAACACAACUGACUGGAAGUUUUUACAUUGUGCUUUAAUAUAAGAUUUUUUUUUUCUGAAAGUGUUUGUAUAAAUACUGUCACAUUUUGUUGUGAACACUGCUGAGCUUUUUAUAAACCAUACAUGCGUUGAUCAGUACUAUCAGAAUUCAGAGAGUAAAACAUGUGAUUGUUAAGCCAGUGGGAAAUGUUUAAUGAUGAAGUCAAAAAACAUAUCUUCAGCUUAUAAACAUAAAUUGAGAACAGAUGUUUUUUGUGACUCUUUUUUUUAAAUAUAGAUCUGAUGUAUUCUAGCAAAUUGAUGGAUGUGAUGAUGCAGUGUUUUUCUCUGCCUCUGAUAAAUUAGACCGUUGUUUAAUUUCAUAUUGGACAUAAUUUUGCAAACAGUCAUUUUGCUUGUGUCUUACAUCUACUGAACUCUGGAUAAAAAUCAAUAGUUAACAGAUAAAAAAAAAAUUCACCAUGAUGAUUUCCUAUGUUAAUCAUGUUAAUCUUUUGAAAGCAUUCAUAGUACAUAGUCAAAUAUUUUUGAUUUGUACUCAUGGUUAUCUAGACAUGUUGCAGGUUUAUAGGUUUUAUUAUAUUGUGUGAUGAUGUAAAUUCUGAAUAAAGCCUGGUAAAUGAAAUUAAGCUUGAUUUUCUUUUUUGUUUGUUAUGUUUUGUUUAAUACAUAACUCAUGUAAUAAGAAAAAAAGUGGAGGAUUAAGUAUGGUUUGUUCAUAUGGAGAUUAUAUUGUGCAUGUACCAGUGUUAUAUUUAUAUAGUU